AUGCGUCUUGGCGACUAUGACUCCACACAUCAGAUAUUAAGAUCUUAUCAUUUCACACUCGAGUUGAGGCUCUAUUUUCCCCUUUUACCCCUAUGUUUGUUUCGUUCACGAUACUUUGUGGUUGCUCAAAGUGGCAACUGCACACGGUCUAGGAAUAAGGAAAAGCCACUUGUCCCACCCUGUUCACUUUUCUUCCUCUCGAUUUGCGCCAUGUCGUUUCGCUAUACGAACAACUUAAUAGGUGCUCUGAAGCAUCGGCUACUUUUGGAGAGCUCCUACCGCGAGAUUGCAAGUAGGAAGUUCAUCGGUAAUUGCAGGGGUGUGGAAGUUGUUUGUAGUGGCUACGGCACUGUUCUUGCUGUCCAACUAACUGACAAGGCCGUGUGGGAGCCUUUUUAUCGUAAGGGUGGUCGACCCACUGUUUCGGGCGGAGGUGAUGUUAGUGGCGAUGCGGAGACGGGAACACAAGGAUCCGCAACCACCACAGGGGCUACAGGGUCACUGGAUUUGGACAAGUUAGCGGAGAGCAUAAAAACCGCUUUGUGGGAUGCCACGCGGAAAAUACGGUCAGCGAAGGAAGCAGCACUGCAUCGAAGUCUUUCCCAUAACACGCGAAUGCGGGCAUCGGCCGACCUGAAGCACUGGUAUGAAGAGGAUGCGAACACUCUCCGUCCGUUGGCAUUCGAAGCGUUGAAGCAUGAAGCUGCUACCCCAUGGAUGCAGCUCGUUCAACACGGAAAGAAGGAGGAGGCGGCUGCGCUACUGAAAGAAUUCGAACAAAAGGGGGACGCAGCAGAAGCGACACCAACCCGAGUUAAAGACGACAGAGUUAAGGGAACCCGGACGGAAUUGAGUAACCGAGAGCAACCUCCCCUCGCAUCCACGUUGAAGGCUGAGGAUAGCAACCCAGCGACGAUACCAAUUGGAUCCGUUCACCCACUGUUCACUCCCGCCCUCGUUCAAAUAGAAGAGGCUGGAAGCGGCUCCGUGAGCAAUGAAGCCGUUUGCCGCGCGCAGUUGUGGGAGCUUUCGCGUGAUGAGCAAUUGUUCUGGGAACGUGUUGAGCUUAUUCGCAAGGGCCAGGUCGCCUCCAUUGGUAGCAGCCACAAACGCGGUUACGCGGACGAAGCGGCAUUUGCCAAGGACGACACAGAAGAAAAAGUGCAACUCCGGUUUACGCAGUAG